ACUCCCCUCACCGGUCCCCUCACCCAGCAUGGACCGCACCCAGUACGGGCUGCGGCAGCCCUCGGACGCCUACCGGCCUUUCGACAUCGCCUGCAAGACCAAACCUCUGCCAGGAUACGCUCUACUGGCAGACCUGCAGUCAACUGUCCAUGGCACGGCACACACGUCCUCUCAUUCCCCUGGCCCUCCCCCUCUCUCCCCAUCUUCCUACUCCCAUCAUCCAUCCCCCUCCACCUACCAACAAUCCUCCUCCAACCAUCACCAUAACUCCACCAGCCACCACCAAUCCCCUUCCAGUCAUGCCUCUCAGUCCCCCUCCUCCCGCCACCACCAAUCCCCCUCUAGUCAUCCCCACAAUGGACGACUCGGCCCCGAGGUCCACGCCAACGGACACAUGGAGUCCCAUCUUCCCCAAAAUAAGGUAUACUACCAAGAAAGCAAGGAGGAGGUGCGUACAGAGACCCGCAGCAGCGGGCCGGAGGUGUCGGCCAGUCUGCCCCCGCACCCCACCAACGAGCUCGAGAGUCUGCUCAGCGAGCUCAACUCCUCCCGCUACACCGGCAUCGUGGAUCGCAGCAGCGGCUCCAUGGUGCACAACUCCACAGCCGCUCGACCGUCCGUCAAUUCCUUGCUGAACGAACUCAACUCCGUCAGCAGCACCACUCGCACCACCAACCACCACAACCACGUAAGCGACCGCCACCCCGCACCCGUGACGGCGUCCACCGCCACCAGAGACCUCGACAACCUCAUGGCAGAGCUCUCAGAGUUCAAGACCGUUGAGGACCGCUCCUGGGUCUCCACCGUGGAGGACCAAAUCCUUUCGGAUGGCCACCAUCCGGAGAAAGUGGGUGCCUCUUCGGGUCCCAUGUCCACCUUCCAGUCCUCCAAGUCCACCAAGGAUUCAUCCAAAUCUCCUAAGCCGCCCCGCACCCCUCCUCCGCGACCUCCCACUCCUCGGAACCUGUCCACUCCGCCUCCUCGGCCUCCCGCCCCGGUGGACAUCGCGUCGUGUCCAUCUGCGGAAAUUGGCGGUGCACCUCCGACGCUGCCGUGCCCGGAUACCCCGCCGCCAAUCCCGCCACCACCCGUCGGCGUCACCGCGUCCCCCACCACCACAUUAAACCGCAAAACACCCGUUGUUGCGGAGCCGUUCGAACGUCCCGACUCGGGUGGUCCAGUUAAGCGCAACGACCUGGCAUACCGCUGGAUCACGGAUGAAAUCAAGUACGAAAUUCGGACAGGCAUUCAGGAUGAACCUGAAGAGGAACCGCCAGUUGUCAUCCCGCCGCCUCAAAACGACAAACUGCGAAGCCCUGCUCUCGUCCGCAAGUUUCUCAACCGCACAGAGACGUACGCCAAGCCACAGUUGGCGAAGACCCCAGCGCCGCCGCCCCCCGCUCCGGUCGUGAAGCAGCCGUCGCCCCCCGUCGUCAACGAGCUGGACUGCAUGCUCGGUACCCUGACCUCCCACAUGACUGAACAAGGCGUCAACACCGCGCAGAAGGGCUCCUGUUGUGCAUGCAGCAAGCCCAUCGUCGGACAGGUGAUCACGGCGCUGGGCAAGACGUGGCACCCCGAACACUUCACGUGCGCGCACUGCACGCAGCAGUUGGGCUCCAAGAAUUUUUUCGAGCGAGAGGCGAAGCCUUACUGUGAGGCCUGCUACCACGAACUCUUCUCUCCCCGCUGCGCCUACUGCAACGGCUCCAUCCUCGACAAAUGCGUGACUGCGCUCGACAAGAACUGGCAUCCAGACCACUUCUUCUGCGCGCAAUGCGGCAACACAUUCGGCGAGGAAGGCUUCCACGAGAAGGACGGCAAGGCGUACUGUCGCGAGGAUUACUACAACAUGUUCGCCCCCAAGUGUGGUGGCUGCAACUCUCCCAUCAUGGAGAACUACAUCUCGGCACUAAAUGCCCAGUGGCACCCAGAGUGCUUUGUGUGCAGGGACUGUAAGCAACCAGUGACAGGAAAGUCCUACUAUGCCAUGGAAAACAAGCCCGUGUGUGCGGCGUGCGUGGGCGUCUCUGAAGACGAGGAUGAGGAAGAAGAGGAGGCUUAAGCCGCCCCACUACAAUGUCGUCACGUGUCGGACACUCUUCGUCCCUUCUAGUGGAGAUUAUAGAUUAUCGUAUGAAUGAUGUCUGGAGAUCAUCGUGUCAAUGAUGCCAAUGGAUGUUGUUGCUUUGUAUUGCUUCUCGUACUCGUAAACGUCUUAGUCUGUCGAUGUGGAGAAAGGAAGGAACACUAAUGGCCGGCAAUGUUCCUAUGUUCUUGUCAUGCGAGUCUACGCGUCGUUAUACCCGCAUUGAAGGGACACAGAAUGGAGAAAGUCAUGUUUUGUCAGAACUCAAUAAGAAAGGCACAAAAUUACUAUGUUGCUUAAGACGUCAUUUAACGCAGCCUAACCUUCGCUCUCUCAUAAUCCAUUUUUUUUAUACAUACUGCGACGUUCCACUUUGCAAACGGUAAACAAAUCCCAAUUUAAAAUUUUCUGCCCGGCAUUCUGUUGCGAAUUCGCCUUCACGCGAGCUUAAUCUGACGCUCAGUCAUCCUCAAACUAGAUUUGUAGUUUAUAAACCCAGACAAGAUCUUGGUAUUAAUUUAGACCGGCCCGAUGGCCGUAAAGAUGCACAAGCUCAACCUGCGUCGAGAUGUGUGCACGAGCUGCACACUAAGAGAACUUAGUGAGACUUUGUCGAAAUAGCGAUGAACUUUUUGUUCCUGUAUGGAUCAUCCUUACCAAGUAUAGCUCGGCGAAAUGGCGUAUCAGAGCUACGUGUAAAAAGUUUGUCAGUAUUUGGACCAUGUGACCCAUCCAUUUGUUUGAGUCUCAUGGCUGCCACCUACUCGCCUGCAUCGGCUCCUUCGCAGCCCCAGCCUCUAUUUCUGUCCACUGCACUCUUGUGCACCUGCUGCUCAGCUGCGUCUUAUUUCACACUUUUAUUAUUAUUGCCACUCAGGAAAGUGGGUCGACGAUGCUUGGCGACUGCACCUCUGCGUGGAUAAAUACGAUGUCACUUAAAAGCUUUGCUCACUUCAAUCCGCUCCAAAAUAUAGCCCAGUGCUGAUUGAGGUUUUUUUUUCGCGACGCUCCUUCCUACAUUCUCAGUGAAUCUUACCUAUCAUAUGUCUCCAGGAAUGUUAAUUGAUAUUGCUGCUGAUAUUAUGGUUAUGCACGCGCGUAUGGCUCGAUUUCAACCAGUGAAGUCAUUGGUGUCUGUCUGGUGGAGGUGGUGUUGUCAAUCACGCGUGGUCGGUUAGGUGGUAUUUCAGGUGAUGCUCGUGCCAGCGUUCAUAUUUCUCAGUUGGCACCACCCAAACUUUUCCGCCUCAUUCUUCUCUUCUUGUUUUCCUUCUUCCCUUGGCCCUUCAAUAUUUAUCGCAUCUGCUGCACAUUUAUACUUCGUUCUCAUCAUCACGGUAAUAAUCAUUUUCAUUUGUUUUCUUCCACGUGCCUCAUUCUCCGUCUUUUCUUGCAAUUGAUUUUUUCGCGCUAGUACUCCUCGCCUUUUUUUAUUCCUUAUCAUGUUUUCCUUUGUUUUACCCCGUACCUUCCUCCGUCUUAAUCUUCUUUCCCUUCCUCUAUAUUCUUAUGUCAAUAUUCCUCAUGAAGUUUUUAUCUUAAGAAUACGCAUGUUUUUCCUAAACUUUUCUACCGAUUACUUCGGUUCUAUUUCAAAUUAUGCAAUUCCUUUCCCAAUUUGAAGUAUUUUCACCUUUGGUUAUUUUUGAAAAGGCAAUAAAUACUCAAUGACGAUAGGUGUGUUGUUCAGCUCGCUCUCUGUGCACGUUUAGGAAUGAAUGCUGUGGAAAUUGACUUGAGGAAUAGUCUAUUACUGUCUUCUUAUUUGUCAUGCUGUCCCGUGGCAAUUUUUUGUAUCUAGGAUUAUGAGAUAAAAUCAUAUUUUUA